AACAUGAGAUCAAGGACCAUAUUAGUUUAAACAGGGGCUCAAAGUGGCAUUUUAGAGAGAGGAUACUUCCUUUCAGAGUGGACACUUGUCUUUUCAGAAGACUUACACCAACUGAGAGUAAAGACUUUUACCAGAGAAUUGCGUAGUCAUCUUGAACUCUGCAAAACUUCCUUUUAUCUGCCGGAAAUUGUACUCUGCACUUGGAGUGGUCCAAACCCUAGGAUGUCCUCCUAUACAUGUCAAGAGGAAGGCACGUUCAAAGCUCAUGAUUGCGUCUUAAUUUACAAAUCAGAGGGAGAUGAAAACCACACUCCAGACAGUAACUUAAUCGGACUCACCACCAAGAUGUUAAAAGUGAAGAGGCUGGAAGAAAUCAACACAUGUUAUAACAGUAACAAACUGGAGAAAAUGGCUUUCUUCCACUGCAUGGAAAAGGUUGAGAAAGUGAAAUGUUUUCUGGAAGAAAGUUCUAGUGAACAGGACUCAAGAUCUGGAAAGAAUGAGGCUAAGGAGAAGUCAUGGUCACAGCUUGGCCUGAAGGAAACAACCCCUGUCAAAGACAAAAGGACAUCGGCCCUCACAGAGAGAUCUUCCCAGAAGAACCAGCCCUCCUCUGAGAAAGAAAAGAUUAAUAAACUCAACGAGAAAGAUUCCAAGAAGACCAAUGCCUCUUUAGUUCAGAGAAGUUUUGCCACAUUUCAUACCGAAAGACCACAAGACAAGGUAGAAGAUUUUGCUCUAAGAAGUUCCAUAGAGCCAAGAGAAAAUAAAGACACAAGAGACAUUUCAAGCACACAGAGACUGAGCAGACAAGAAAACAGUAGUGCUGGAAAUGAUACACAAGCCAUUGUGGAUAAAAAUGAAUGUCCAGUGUUCAAAGGAGAGAAAAAUGGGCUUCAUUUUAAGGAAGAUACUAGUGGAAAAGAAAUUGAGAUGAAAGGAGGACCAGCAAUUGCAAAUGAAACAGUGUUGGACAAGUGUUCAGAUAAAAAGCAGUGUGUUGAUAAAACUAACAGUGAUCAAUUCUGUGAAAGGUGUAUCAGCAAUGUAAAAGCCAUUUCCUCAUUCCAAAUCCUGGAAAACUCAGCACUAGCGCCCACUUUCCAGAACGCUGAGGAAGCAGAACCCACUGGCGGCAGCAAGCGGAGGGUGAUGGAGGAGUGCUUCACCAAAGAGGACAACAAAAAGUGCAGAAUAGAUGUAGCGAGCCCAGGUGAAGGACACGUAUUUAGGACACAGGAAACUGGACAAGCCCGGGGAGGCUUACAAGGCAAACCCCUGGAGUCCACUGGAACUAAGACCUCCAGACAGCAAGAUCUGGUGGCCCUACUGGAUGAUGUCCCGGCUCCUCCCGCCCCGUUUAAUCACCGUAUCGUGACAGCCAAACAAGCAGCCAUCAACAGUUUUUAUACCGUGAGCAGAACGGAAAUUUUAGGAGGGGGGCGUUUUGGCCAGGUUCACAAGUGUGAAGAGAAAGCAACAGGUCUGAAGCUGGCGGCCAAGAUCAUCAAGACCAGAAGCACGAGGGACAAGGAUGAAGUGAAGAAUGAGAUCAACAUCAUGAACCAGCUGGAUCACGUGAACCUCAUUCAGCUCUAUGAUGCCUUCGAGUCAAAGAAUGACAUCAUCCUGGUCAUGGAGUAUGUGGAUGGAGGGGAGCUGUUUGACCGCAUCAUCGAUGACAACUACAAUCUGACCGAGUUUGACACCAUCCUGUUCAUCAAGCAGAUAUGUGAGGGCAUAAGACACAUGCAUCAGAUGUACAUUCUCCACUUGGAUCUGAAGCCUGAGAAUAUCCUGUGUGUGAAUCGGGAUGCUAAACAAAUAAAAAUUAUUGAUUUUGGAUUGGCCAGAAGGUACAAACCCAGAGAGAAGCUGAAGGUGAACUUUGGAACUCCGGAAUUUCUUGCCCCUGAAGUUGUGAACUAUGAUUUUGUUUCCUUUCCCACUGACAUGUGGAGUGUGGGCGUCAUUGCCUAUAUGCUACUGAGUGGUUUGUCUCCCUUCCUGGGUGACAAUGAUGCUGAGACCCUGAGCAACAUCCUGGCCUGCAGGUGGGACUUAGAGGAUGAAGAAUUUCAGGACAUCUCAGAGGAGGCCAGGGAGUUUAUCUCCAAGCUUCUGAUUAAGGAGAAGAGCUGGAGAAUAAGUGCAAGUGAAGCUCUCAAACACCCUUGGCUGUCAGAUCACAAGCUCCACUCCAGACUCAUCACACAGAAGAAGAAUUGUUGCUCUAAUGAGAAGAACCUUGUGACCAAAUAGCCAUGGAAGGCACCCAUUUGAAAGGAAAACUGCUGCGGUUGCUGCUGCGUUGGGAAGAUUUUUGGAAAAAUCAGCAGUUCUGAUGCCUUGACCCCAAUGAUGACGGGUGGCUAUGGGGGCUGGGGGUGACGCUGCAUUUGAACUUGGAGCACCCAGUUCAGGGGGUGCCUACUGCUGUGGUUCUGGGGGUGUAGACAAGCCCCAUGCCCCUUUCCUCACAUCCCCACACCCCACGGUAGGACACAAUUGGGAAGAUGUUUCCUUGACAUCUUGAGUUUUCAAUGUUUAUUUUUUUAUUUUAGUCGCUGGGAUAAGGGGUACAUGAUUUCUGCUCUUUCUCAGCUUACUAGAACAAUCAGACUGGAGAUUUACUGGAGACUUUUAAACCUGGAGGAUACCUUGAGAGGGAGAAAACUGCUUCCAGUCCUUAAGCUAUGCCUUUCAAAGGGGUGAUCAUAUCACUAGAAGAAAAUUAUGUCCUUUGUACCUUUGAACACUUGGUUUCUCAGAUUUUGUUUUUUUGAUUUGGUCUGAAAUCAGGUGACUCCAAAUGAUAAAUAAUUUGCUUUCUGGAACUUGAGCUGUCUCUGAAUCCUGAGGCAAGAGGCAUCAGACAUCGUGUCUUCCAUUUAUUCUGAACUUUUCUCCCAGUUCAUUGGUUUCUUCCAAAUAGCAAUUCUACUUUCAAAUGAGUGGCAUGCAUUUCACGAGGCACUCUCUGCUCUCUUCUGACUGAGCAUUCAUGAGAUGAAAGGCAUUAGUUUUCACCACUGGAGCAAGAGGUGUUUGCUUAUGGCUAGUGUUUAGAAUUUAGAAUAAUGGUAACAGUCACAAGAGCUUUCCUCAUGCUGCUGUUGUCAACGAGAGAUGGGUCAUGAGCAUCCCAAGGAAGGAUGGCACUUUGCUUCCAGUGUUGAAACUACUUUGACAAUAAUGCUCAGGUUUCUGGUUAAAUUCCAACAUUUCUGAAGCCCAAUGAUCUCACAUGGCUCAGUGGUUGUGAAGAAAGAACACUCAGAAAUCAGAGGUGAGGCAAACACUCCUGCUCACUCUUUGGAUAUGAGAAUGAUUCCAGUUGGAAGCUUCUUGUUCCUGAGCUCAUGUGCCAUCUCAUUACGGAUUUUUAAUAACGGAAGUGAGCCCUACCAUAUAUAGCACAGAAAGGCGAGGGCCUCUCAAGGGUGAAAUGUGUGUGUCAUUUCUUGAUGAAGAAGAGGCCGUGCAGAGCCACACGAAACUCCUAUCACACAUCCAGCCUCAUGAUCACCAUUCAGCUUCUUUUUUUUUUUAUAGAUAAAAACAAGAUGCUCAUUUUAUUAUCAACAGUUUUUCCUUUACAUGGUGUCUUCUUAAAUCAAUUCUUAAUUCUUAUUUAUUUUUUUUAUUUUUUAUAAACAUAUAUUUUUAUCCCCAGGGGUACAGGUCUGCGAAUCGCCAGGUUUACACACUUCACAGCACUCACCAUAGCACAUACCCUCCCCAAUAU